UUUACCGGCCUUUUUCCACAUCAUCGCGUCUCAUUUUGUUUUCGUCACUCCGUGUUACUUUAUGGUUGUCCAGUCAACAAGAAACACGUGCAUUGUAUUUCUAACCUAAUCUGCCCUGGAUUAUUUUCUAGCUAUCCGUAGCUGGAUGCAGCUGCGCUGCUAGUUUUCAGCUGCUGUAGUUUUAUGCGUAUAAAUUUAAGCAUUUUAUCGGAGCAGCUUUCACGCCUCUUGGUGAAAUAGUGCUAAGAUUUCAGCUAACAUAUGGUCAGCAUCGCUCCUGCAAUACUAGACAUGCCAUAACCCAAUUAGCAACCUAGCCGAUUGAGCGUUAUAUCGGCGGUCUACAGUCAAUUAGCCGUUUAGCUAACGUGCUGCUUUGCCAAAACAAUGGAAGACUCUGGUAUAAAGAAGCAGAACUGGGACGUAAAGGAAACGGAAUUGUUCCUUGAAAUCCUCAAGGAGCUGGACAUUAAGAAAUGCCUGGAUGGGAGGAAAGUGAGGAAUAACAAACUCUUUAAGGUGGCUCACAGGAGAAUGACAGCGGCCGGUUAUCACAGAUCUGUGGAUCAGUUGAAGUUUCGCUGGAAACUUCUAAAAAGUGCUUAUUACAAGUUUAAGCGUGAGCCUGACUCCCCAGCCCCAACUAAACUACAGGGCUGGUGGCGGUAUGAGAAAGCAAUGAUCGCUAUCAUGGAGGCCAGACGCCCUCUGGUUGCAGCUGUGGUCAAAUCGGACAGAAAUGAUGAGCAGACGGAAGACUCGGAUGGGGAUGCGUUGUUGCUGCCCUGGCCGCAGCACUGCCCGGACAAUACCAGUCAGAACCUGGAUUUAAUUAUCAAAAUGGACCCCGAGAUGGACUCACAGCUGAAGAUCGGCUUCAUCGGUGCAGGGAACAUGGCUUUUGGCAUUGCAAAGGGCAUCUUGUCUGGAAGUGUUCUUCCUGUAAACGUCAAAGUGAGCGCUCCCUCUGCCAGGAAUCUGGGACGCUUUCAGGAGCUUGGCGUAGCUGUAAGUCACUCCAACGUUGAGGUGGUUUGUGGAUCAGAUGUGGUCUUCGUCGCCGUUAAACCUCACCUGGUUCCACUUGUUCUGACCGAGAUCUCGCAGCACAUCACCGACAGACACAUCAUUGUGUCGGUUGCAGCAGGAAUUACGUUGGCAACAUUAGAGGAGCUCCUUCCUGAGAAUUCAGUUGCCAUCCGGCUGAUGCCAAACCUCCCAUGUGUGGUUCAGGAGGGGGCCCUCCUGUUUGCUAGGGGAUCCCAUGCAAAACAGGAGGACGGCGCUCUGCUUCGCUCCCUGUUGCAUCACUGCGGGUUGGUGGAGGAGGGGCCUGAAGCCUGGAUUGAUAUCCACACGGGGCUGAGUGGGAGCGGAGUCGCUUUUGUUUACCUUUUUGCAGAAGCUCUGGCAGAAGGAGCUGUUAAAAUGGGCAUGCCAAGCGCUCUAGCUCAUAGCAUCGCAUCUCAGACUGUUCUGGGUGCUGGGAGGCUGUUACGUGAUUCGGGGAAGCAUCCAGCUCAACUUCGCUCUGAGGUCUGCACACCAGGGGGGACAACCAUCUACGGGCUUCACACGCUGGAACAGGGAGGCGUGAGGGCGUCAACCAUGAGCGCGGUGGAGUCGGCCACCGAGAGAGCCAGGGAGCUUGGACGAAAGUCUGCAGCAGGCAGCAGGAAGUGAUGCGUUGCCUUUUAAAAACUCUGGUUGAACUUGAACUGAAAAAAAGCCUCAGAACAAACAGAUUUUAUUCUUUUUGCUCAAUGUGGAAAUCAAAGACAAAAAAGGACUGAAGCACAUUUUUUUUUAUUUAAUUUUCUUUCCCUUUAACUUUUCCUUAAAUAAGUGCUGUUUACACUCUGUUUUUGAGCAGAAGAGUUUAAUGUGAACAAUUUAUUUUGACAAGGUCUCCUGUGAUCUGCAGUUUUAAGAGAUUUUGUGUUUUUUUUGUGCACACUAUUAUAUUUUUCCUCAAUUUAUUUAAGACAGUAAUACCAGUAAGGUAGCACUAUGGUUUGACAAGCUAGUAUUGUGAAUCAUGUUCACAGAAAGUUGCAGAGCCUUCCAUUUUAGUCACGUUUGCUCCACAGUACUGUGCAAAAGUCUUAAACCACUCCUCAUUUCUUUAUAUAUUGCCAAGAAAACAUUAAACAAGUGCAGCUGUUUACUGUUAGACCAGUUUUCUUAUGUUUUCUUUGAGUAGUCUUGAGGAAAUGUUCUCCAGGUUUCUUGGAGGACUUUCCAAAGCUCUUUUUUUUGGGAUGUUUUCUGAUUUUGGUCCCACACUGCUUCAAUAAUGUUGAAGUUCAGAUUCUGGAGAGGUUUCAUCCCUCCAUCAGAACUAUUGCCUGAUUUUUCAGUCCAGUUCUUGUGUCAUGUGACAUACCUCAGCUUUUUCUGUCUGUUUCCCUUCAUUAAGAAUGACUUCUUGACAGCCAUCCUUCCAUGGAGACAUUUCUGAUCAGGCUUCAGCCAACAGUAGGUGGAUCAACUGAAGGUCCAGAUGCAUCUCUCAUUUCCUUGAUCGGGUCUUUGCUGUAUUUGUUUCUAUUUCUUCAGGAUAUCACUUGCUGUAUAUAGUUAUUUAUUCAGUCCUGAUGCUUUUCCUUUUGUCCUCCAGUUAUCCAGUUUUUCCUCAGAUGUUUUAAGGACACCAUGCUGAGAUAUGCUUUGUCUGAUAAUAACUCCUUGUUGCUUUUUGGUAUUUUUCUGGGACGCAUUUUAGGAAGUAGAGAUGAUGUGUCUUUGUCAUGCUGCUAGUAACAAAGUGCCUAAAGACCCUAUUUAAAUUUACUUCUUUGCUAAGUUGUCUUAUGUGUGAACACAACACUGGUUCAUCCCCUGAGUUAGGUGCCUUCUUUUAUAUUUUAAUGAUUCAUAGAUUAGUAUUUAGUGGCUUAAGAAAAACACACUCCACUAAAAAAGGAUAAGUACAAGGACUGGACUGAAAAAUGAUUGAAAAGUAGCAAAUAUCCAAAGAAAACUUUUAAAAAACCUAAAAAAAACCUGGAAAGCUAUUGUUCAAUCCCAUUUUAAAAUAAUAUAAGACAAUCUGGAUGUUCAGAAGCAGAAUAUAAGAAAAAGGGAUUGGAUCAUGAUUUUUGCAUAGUCCUGUUAUCACAGAGGAAGAAAAUGAUAAGAAAAUUAGUUUAUACAUCCAAAAAAGUACCAAAUAUGAACAUAUGACCUUUUCUGGAUUAUAAUGUGCAUGUAAUGUAAAGUCUCAAGUGGAAGUUAAAUUUGUGGAUGUCUUAAAAUCAUAAUGAUCACAUACGUUAUUUGACCAAAAGAAGCAUAAAAUUACAUUUUUGUAUAAUGACGGUUGUGCAGCUGCGCUGUGAUAAUCUAAGAUGUAGGAAAUAUCUAGUUCAUGACACAAUGUGUUGAAAAAUGUGUAGGAAUUACUCACCAAGUGUGUAGGAUGGAUUUUCAUAAAGUGUCAUUUUAAUAAACUUUGUCUUUGCAUUGCCUUUUUUAUGUUGAAUUAAUUUGAGGUUUUAAAGUCAGCCUGUGGCAUGUGGAUGCAGAAAUGAUUAACUAGAAAUGUACACAUACGCAUAAAAUAGAUAAAAUAAAUCAUCAGAUCAGUGUGAAAGUUCAAACUUGAGUUUUCCAACUUUAAAAGUUAUUUAAUAAAGUCUUUCUUGCAAAGUUGAGUUGUAAAACAAAGACAGGCAACUGAAAAAGAUAAAUGUACCAAACAAUUACAUCAUGUUGCUGCUAGGUUCACAUUUCAGUCUUAUCAAUAUUAAAUGCUAUAAUCAUAAUAAAAAUAGGUUUAAGUAAAUAAUAAAUGGAAGUUAGAUAAUUGUGUACAACUUAAGAGGUAUAAAUAUAAGUCCAGCGUGCAGCUAAAGGUUGUUUUACAGGACUGAGGGUGGAAAAAUACUGAAAGUCGUGUUUUAAAUAACCAUUCAUUCGUUUUUUGAUGCUGUAAAUACCAAAGUGUCAGAAACGCCAGUGCCGAUCACAUUUAGCCUCACUGUGAUUCAUAACUGCGUUUCAGUCCAUUCAUUCAGCACAGGACACGAGGCACCAUUCUCGAUUCAUAACCCCCUCCCCCCUCCCCCCUCCUCCAAGAUCACACAAUCGUCCUGCUCCUUGCUUCCUCCUCCUCCUCCUCCUUCUUCCCGUUGUCACUCUCGGCUGAAGAAACACGCGUUUUAUCCACCGACCUGCGUCACAUCGACUUUACAGAAAACAAAGCA